UUAUAACUCGCAAAGCUUUUUAAAUAGAAUAGGUUUUCCACUUUUCUUCUAACCCUAACCGGCGGCUGCUUCGUUCCCUCUCGUUCCACACUCUCGCUGCGCCGAUUCUUCGAAUUAUUGAACCAAUAUGAAGUUCAACAUUGCGAAUCCCACCACCGGCUGCCAGAAGAAGCUCGAGAUUGAUGACGAUCAGAAACUUCGAGCUUUUUAUGAUAAGAGAAUCUCACAAGAAGUCAGUGGAGAUGCCCUUGGAGAGGAAUUCAAGGGUUAUGUUUUUAAGAUCAUGGGAGGAUGCGACAAGCAGGGCUUUCCCAUGAAGCAGGGAGUUCUAACUCCUGGACGUGUUCGUCUGCUACUUAGUAGAGGAACCCCUUGUUUCCGUGGAUAUGGCAGGCGCAAUGGAGAGCGUAGGAGGAAAUCUGUUCGCGGUUGUAUUGUGAGUCCCGACCUUUCUGUUCUUAACCUGGUUAUUGUGAAGAAAGGUGAAAAUGAUCUUCCCGGGCUGACUGACAUCGAGAAACCUAGAAUGAGAGGACCAAAGAGGGCCUCUAAGAUUCGCAAGCUCUUCAAUCUGUCCAAGGAAGAUGAUGUCCGCAAGUAUGUCAAUACUUACAGAAGGACCUUCACCACGAAGUCAGGUAAGAAGUGCAGCAAAGCACCCAAGAUCCAAAGACUUGUGACUCCCCUCACGCUGCAAAGGAAGCGUGCUAGAAUUGCUGAGAAGAAGAAGAGAAUCGUUAAGGCCAAGGCUGAAGCCGCAGAGUACCAGAAGCUUCUUGCUAGUAGACUCAAGGAGCAGAGAGAGCGCAGGAGCGAGAGCUUAGCAAAGCGCAGAUCGAAGCUCUCUGCUGCGUCAAAGCCGUCUCUUUCUGCCUAAACGAUUUUGAUGGAUGAGCAAUAUUUACAUUAGGAGGUACUUUCUUUGUUUUAUUUUUGAUUUGUAGUUUGAAUGCUUAUCUGAUGGUUUUGAUUCGUUAUCUUUCCUUUGUUAUGUCUGCUUGUUUUGUGUUUUGAUAAUUUGGCAUUCUUAGAAACCUGACGAUAAAUCUUAUUUAUGGAAUUAUGUGGAUUUCUUUUUCAUUCA